AUGGAGAAGUUGGAAUGUAAAAGGAACAUAAAUUUGGGUCUACAGCUUCCACCCAAUGUUGUUGAGGUAAUAUUACCCAAACUUACUAUUUCUGAUUUGCCAGCAUGUAGGCUUGUGAGUAGAACUUGGAAUCAUCUAAUCUUAAAUUAUGCUUCCUCUUCUAAAUUCAUUCCAAAUCUUUUUCUUGCUGCUAGCUAUGAAAUCCACUAUAGUCGUAACUGCAAUUGUAAUCCUCAUUGUCGUCCUACUUUUAAGUGCAAUCCCAAGAUGUAUUGCAUUGAUAUCAAUAGGACGAAUAACCUUAUUGCUUCAUUUGUGUUUGACAACAAUGAUUGGCCUUAUAAAAUCAAAAUUCUCAAUUCCUGCAAUGGAUUGUUGUAUAUUCACAAAGUUGGUGAUGAAAAUUUUUGUAACGGCAUAUUAAAUCCAAUGACUAAUGAAUUCUUCAUACUAUCAACACAACCUAAAGUUAAAAAUGAGGAUAUUAGUUGCUUCUACGGAUUUGGUUUCAACCUUAAGACAAAGCAGUACAAAUUGUUCAAAGCUAUCCAUGACGAAGAAGACUCACAUUUGAUGAUGGAGGUUAUGAGGUUUGGUAAGAAUGAAGAAACCAAGGAAUGGAGGCAUUUGACUUGCUUGCCUUUUGUGUUCUAUUGCGACGGUGUUUAUUUGAAUGGAGUCAUAUAUUGGAUCGGAAGACAAAAAGAAAAUAAGUCUGUGAUUUAUAGUCUUAAUGUUGAAACGGAAAAGAUUGAAUCCAUUACGGUUUUAAAAGUUGACCCAUCUUACAACACGAGUGACUAUGGGUACUACAUUGGAAAAUAUAAUGGCAACCUUUAUGCAACUAUAUGGAUCCAUGGAACAUGUUGUAAGAAGGUUCAACUAUGGAUGAUGCAAGGUAAAGAUUGUUGGGUUAAAGAAUUUGUUGUGCAUGACAUAGAAGAUCGUUAUGUUGAUGCAUUCCUUGUGCUCGUUAAAAUCUUUGAAGAUGGAGAGAGAUGGUUUUAUGUGGGAAGCAGACUAAUUCUUUGCUAUGAUAAAACUGGAACACAAAUCAAGAAAAAGUGUCGGAUGAAACGAGUCAGCAAUGGUAGAGGAAAUCUUGUAGGUCAACUUUGUCACUUUGAUUCCUUGAAUUUUGGAUCUCUUCCAAACAUUUUAGAUGGACACAAUGAAUUGAACUAA